AUGGAAGAACAGACAGAAGGAUGGAAGGACAGUGCUACCCUUCUGAUGGAGACGGAAACACGUCCAACCACAACUUGUAUAAAGGGUAUAAAAACGGAUCUAGGCGUUUUAUUCCAGCUUUUUAUAUGUAUCUUCUUUCUGAUUCUUUUUAAUGGAAGUUUAGCAUCACAAAGACAAAAAAGAGGGGCGAGAGAGCCUUGUGCUGAUUCACUAAAAACUGUUACAGUCGUCAAAUCGUGUCCAAAAGAUAAGGAUACUUGGGAAAAAAGAGCCAAGCAAAAGAACUGUGGGGAUGUUCCUCGGAACUGUUCUGCUACAGACUUUGUUUACCACUGUAUUUUGGACGAGUUUGGCAAAAGUUUAUUAGAGCUGUGUGCUGGAACUACUGAAAUUAUUGCCAGAUUCUGCUCUGAGUUUUCUACUGGUGGGAUGUUUGUACAAGAACAUGCUGAAAAGCCGUGCAAAAGAUGUCCAUUUGCCUACAAUUCCAGUAUGAGCUACUUGUAUAACGAAUGUUACGAAUUACCCGAAUCAACUGUUACAACCACUUAUAUCGAUAGUACAACAAAAAGACAACAACAAACGACACGUGAACGAUAUUCGAAUUCGACAUCAAUGCCUGAGUAUGACGAGGCACAAGUUGAAUUCAAUUUAAGCAGUAGCAUCGUAUACACUUCACUGGGCAUAUUUGUGCCGAUUUUUUCGAUCUUUAUAAUGUCGUCAGUCCUUUGGAUUUGUACAAAAGGAGCAAAGAAGAAAAUGAAGUUAGAGCAGUCUAAAAUGAAGUUAGAGCAGUCUAAAUUAAAGGAUAUUGAAGGAAUAGACUGGCCACCGUCACCCAAACAAGCCAACAUGCGCGGGACCUGUCCCGGCAAGCACGGGGGAGACCCCAUCGUGGACCAACGGGACACAGACAACAAUUCAGAAAACCUACAAAAACAAUCAACAUAUAUUAAGGACACUACCGAUUUUAUCAACAAAAUAGAAACCUUCAAACUUCCAGACGACGUGCUGCUGAUAACAUAUGAUGUAACUAGUAUGUACACUAACAUGGAAUUUGACGAGCUCCUCUCCGCCGUCAAUGAAGCAUAUCAAAGCGCUAACAAACCACAAAGAGAGAUCCCUUAUCCAAAUGCUGAAGAUCUAAUCUUCCUUCUAAAGUGUGUCUUAGAAAACAAUUACUUUGAAUUCAAUGGAAAAUAA